AUCUAUUUGUACAGUUUAAAAAUCCGGAUUAUUUUAAGUACAUUAUCUACUUUUAUUCAGAGAUUAAGCACCUGAAGCAUAUUUCCUUUGUUCUGCUACACAUCAGCAAGCAUGAGACUGGUAAUUCUUGAUGACUAUGCAUUGGCCAGUGAAUGGGCAGCAAAGUACAGUUGUAAUCGUAUUAUUGAAUUUAACCCUGGCCCAGACAAAUACUUCACCCUAGGUUUACCAACAGGUAGAACUCCACUGGGAUGCUAUAAAAAGCUAAUAGAAUAUCACAAACAAGGAAAUCUUUCAUUCAAGCAUGUUAAAACCUUUAAUAUGGAUGAAUAUGUAGGUCUUCCAAGGGACCAUCCUGAAAGCUAUCAUUCAUAUAUGUGGAACAAUUUCUUCAAGCACAUUGAUAUAGACCCUAAUAAUGCACAUAUCCUUGAUGGGAAUGCUCCAGAUCUACAAGCAGAGUGUGAUGAAUUUGAAAGGCAAAUCAAAGAAGCUGGUGGAAUUGAACUGUUUGUUGGAGGAAUUGGUCCAGAUGGUCACAUUGCUUUCAAUGAACCUGGUUCCAGUUUGGUAUCAAGAACAAGACUAAAGACUUUAGCAAUGGAUACCAUUUUAGCAAAUGCUAAAUAUUUUGAUGGCAACCUUUCUAAUGUUCCAACAAUGGCACUCACAGUUGGUGUGGGCACAGUAAUGGAUGCCAAAGAGGUAAUGAUUCUUAUUACGGGUGCGCAUAAAGCUUUUGCUUUGUACAAAGCAAUAGAGGAAGGCGUAAACCAUAUUUGGACUGUAUCAGCUUUUCAGCAGCACCCUCGUACAAUUUUUGUCUGUGAUGAAGAUGCUACUUUAGAACUACGAGUUAAAACUGUUAAAUAUUUUAAAGGUUUAAUGCAUGUACAUAACAAACUUGUGGAACCACUGCACAGCAUGAAAAACAACUGAAGUGAAGUCGAUGCUAGAGAGCAUUGGGAAAGAGCAGUCAGUGGCUUAAUGGCUAUGCAAUGUUAACGUGAACCGCUGAACCUGGCAAAAUUGUAAAUGUACUGUAUU